AUGUUGAAGAGGGCAAUCAGCUAUAUUUGGAAGACAGAAAGAGGAUCUGCUUCUCGAACCAUGGAGCAUGAAUAUGAAAAAUGGUCUAAACAACAAUUAAUUGACAAAAUAAAAGAGCUUGAAAGAUCCGAAGAUAGCCCAUCUACUUUGCAAACAACCCAGAAUAACGAAACUCAAAAGACAAAAGAGCAGGAUGUUACUCAGAAAAAGAAGAAGCCGAAGCAGUUUGAUUUCUCCAAGCAUCCUAAAAGAUUCAUUGCAUUGAAGUUUGCUUACUUGGGGUGGAACUAUAAUGGCCUUAAUUUUCAAAAUGAACCGACUCCUUUACCUACGGUGGAAGAAGAAAUACUCAAAGCCAUGGCCAUCGCAAAAUUAGUCCUGGAAGCGGACCCUGCUGCCUGUAACUUUAGUCGCUGUGGUCGUACCGAUAAAGGUGUGAGUGCAAUGAAUCAAGUCAUAUCUCUUGAUGUAAGAUCAAAUUUAUCAGCGGAGGAUCAAUCAUCCAUUGAAAAUGAUAACAAGGAAAUACCUUAUGUCACGAUUUUGAAUUCUUUACUCCCUACGGAUAUUAGAAUCACUGCAAUUUGUUUGCGCCCACCAACCGGUUUUGAUGCUAGGUUUAGCUGCAAAUACAGACAUUACAAAUACCUAUUUAAGAACGACGAUUUGGACUUAAAAUUGAUGCAAGAAGCCGCUAAUAAAUAUGAAGGUGUCCACGACUUCCGUAAUUUCUGCAAAAUUGAUGGAUCUAAACAAAUUACUAAUUAUUUUCGUGAAGUUUACAGUGCUAAUAUUAUACAUUUGAAAGAUGAUUAUUAUGUGUUUGAUCUUAAAGGAUCUGCCUUUUUAUGGCAUCAAGUCAGAUGUAUGAUAGCAGUAUUAUUCUUAGUGGGUCAAAAGUUAGAAAAACCUACUUUAGUAGAUGAUUUAAUGAAUGUUGAAAAAUAUCCAUCUAGACCUAAUUAUAUGAUGGCUCAUGAUCUUCCGUUAGUUUUAUAUGAUUGUAUUUUCCCAGAAAUGGAAUGGAUUGUUGAAAGUAAUACCAAGAAGUUAACUCGGGAGUAUGCUAAGAUGAAUGGACUUGCCUUAGACUACCAAGUAAAAGCUCACAUGGUUGAGAUGAUGGAAGGGUUUUUCAUCAAGCAAAAAUUGGAACCUAUAGAAGGUGUUGGUAGUAUAAAUGCAGGUGACGGAGUUGGGAGAGCUUUCAAAAACUAUGUACCUGUCUUAGAAAGACAGUUUGGUGCAACAUUUGAAGAAGUCAAUGAACGUCAUAGACAAAAGAAGAAACGUAAGCUUGAAGAGGAUGCUGAAAGUAAAUAG